AUGCGUUGCUCUUCGGUAAAAGCCGCGGCCGUCGCGCUGCUGAGCAUGGGCGGCAGUCUUCUGGGGGCUCAUGGUAUUCCAACCGGGUCAAAUGGCCCGGAUGUAGCACCGAACGAGAGCAUGCUCGAGAGAGCCCAUCGCCCAGCCGAUGCCGGACACUUGCCCACCGAGGACCGAGGCCCCAAGUCGCCUGAGGACCCCUUCAAAUCCCCCUACACAUACACAUGGCCGCAGGUGAGAAAAGAGAUGGGGGUCGAUGCGUACGACAUCUUCAGCUCGCAGGACCACAACGGCCUACGCAAGAUCGACGCGUUCGGCAAGGACCUGGGGUUGGGCCGGUUCUACGUGUUCGAGGCAUUCAAUGCCUACGACCAAUCCAAGGACAGGCUCAAGUCGCGCGAGCUGUUCAUGGGGGCCUGGGUGCACCUGUUCGGGCAGCAGCCGUCGGGGUUUCGGAGCGUCUACUGCUAUGAAGUCGACAAAGCCGGUGGCCAGCUCAGCAAUCAGAUUGAUAAGGCCUACGACAAGAUGGGCAAGGACGCCAGCAAGAAGGGGACCUUGACGGUGAGGAAAGACGGUACCCUUGACGGUGAAAAGGACGCGUUCGAGGCUAUCAUGGAGGAUAAUGCGAUCUCGGUGGGCAUCAAGAAUAUGCUGGAGGAAUAUAUGGAUGACGAUAGGAAGGUCGAGACCAUCGUCAUCAAGAACCAUGGUGGCAAGCAUCAAUGGGACGUAGAAUACCUGUUCUACUGA